AUGUUGUUGGGAACGCAAACACACUGUGGUGGUGCAGUGGCAGCCGCAGCAGCAGCUGCAGCCGCUGCUGCAGCACUGGUUGCAUCGAAAACGGGAAGCAGCGGGACAGAUUUUUCAAUCGCCGCCAUUAUGGCUCGCGGUGGAAAUGGUUCGAGUCGGGAGCCGUCAGAGCGAAGCAGCAGUCCUUUAUCUGUCGAUCGGUUUCCUGAAGCAGAUGACGAUAUCGAUGUGGAUGUGGAGCAGUGUAGUGAUUCGGAGGUGGCUGCUUCCUCCAACCGCACUACAUCCAAGAAUCGAGCAUCCAAGUCUCGAACGGGCACAACAUCACCAGCAAGGACAUCCGGGAGUCCUUCCGAUGAGGAAAGACUUACACCAGAACCGGCACAGUCCAAAUCGACGAUUGUGGGGUCGUGUAACUGUGACGAACUGCGACCUGUACAGUGUCAUCUGGAAACGAAGGAACUGUGGGAUAAGUUUCACGAUCUUGGUACUGAGAUGAUCAUCACAAAAACGGGACGCCGAAUGUUUCCAACAGUUCGCGUAUCGUUCUCGGGCCCGCUGCGACAGACGAUUCCUUCCGAUCGGUACGUCGUACUGCUCGAUAUCGUUCCGAUGGACAGUCGACGUUAUCGGUACGCCUACCACCGUUCGUCCUGGCUGGUGGCCGGGAAAGCGGACCCACCACCGCCCGCCCGGCUGUACGCUCACCCGGACACACCCAUCGGUCCCGAGGCACUCCGCAAACAGGUCAUUUCGUUCGAGAAAGUUAAGCUCACCAACAACGAGAUGGACAAGAAUGGUCAGAUUGUACUGAACUCAAUGCACCGCUACCAGCCCAGGAUUCAUCUCGUUCGUCUUGGACCGGGACAAAAUAUUCCCAACUCACCAAAGGAGCUGCAGGAGGUGGAUCAAAAGACGUAUGUCUUUCCCGAAACGGUGUUCACCGCUGUCACGGCGUAUCAGAACCAACUGAUAACGAAGCUGAAAAUCGACUCGAAUCCAUUUGCGAAGGGAUUCCGGGACUCGUCACGGUUGACCGAUUUUGACAGUUACUCUGGCAUGGAUCCUAUGGAUGCCUUACUGCUGGAGCAACAUCUUCGUUCACCGAUGCGCCUCUUCCCAGACCCGAUGGCGAUGGCACAGUUCGCAUCCGGCCAGGAGCUGGACGGUCCAACACAGGCGGCCCUUUUCGAGAAGGCUCGCCAACAUCUUCAGCUCUGGGGUCGAUCACCGUACAGCGAGUUGCUUCUGCCCCAGAUGUACCAGCGUCCUCCCGCCAAUCUGGGUGCCCUAAAUCUUGGCCUCUGGCAAGCAACCGGUGGCCAGUGGCCACCACAGAUACCACCCGGGUUUCUGCAGCAGACGGCCUCUCUUGCUGUAGCGGCUGCCUCGGGCCAGGGUCCUCGAACCCCACCGCCACCACCACCAGUUUCAAGCCCCUCACCGAACUCUGGAUCACCGUCGCCGGGUGAAAUGCGUGCGCGGCAGAUGGGGAAUCGAUUCAGCCCGUAUCAGAUACCUCCGCAGCAUGUUCAACACCCACCAACAGCCUCCCGUACACCACCAAACUAGCCUUCGAAAGAGUUCUGCUGUAAAUAAGGCGCAGCUGUAAAUAAU